AUGGCGGCUAUGGUGGUGGUGGUGGUGGUGAUGGUGGUGGUGGUACAUAGUGGCAGUUUCAUCCUUCAUGCAGCUCUCCCAUCGCCACUCGACGCACACAUGGAUGUAAUUGAUCUAUCCGACGCUUCCAAGGCGCUCGAUCUGGCCAACAUUCGCUUCCAGCUCAUCCGCCUUGAGGACACAAUCACCUUCUAUCUCAUCGAACGCGUCCAAUUCCCCCUCAACUCUGCGAUCUACCAGCCCGGCGGCGUCGACAUAGGCGAGCCCGACAUCAGCCUCUUUGACUGGAUGCUGCGUGAACAGGAGCGCCUGCACUCCCUCGUCCGCCGCUACCAGUCCCCCGACGAAUACCCCUUCUUCCCAGACGCCCUGCAAGAGCCCAUCCUCAAGCCCCUCGACUAUCCGCAGAUCCUGCACCCCAACGACGUCAAUGUCAAUGCCCUCCUGAAGGACUGCUACAUCAAAUAUAUCCUGCCCGCAGCUUGUUCGCAAAACGACCGUGAGGACCGCGGAGAGUCUCGAGAAAACUACGGAUCGAGCGCGACGUGCGAUGUCCUCACCAUUCAGUCGCUGUCACGCAGGAUACAUUUUGGCAAAUUCGUUGCCGAGGCCAAAUUCCAGAAAGAGCCCGAGCGAUUCGCAAAGCUGAUCAAAGCAGAGGAUCGACAGGGUAUUGACGAGGCCAUCACGAAUGCAGCUGUGGAGAAGAAGGUCUUGGAGCGACUACGCUUGAAAGCCAAGACGUAUGGCACCGACCCUGAUCUGGGCGCGAAUGGCAGCUCCAAGGUGAACGCUGAUGCCGUCGUGGCCAUGUACAAGGAUUGGAUAAUCCCAUUAACCAAAGAAGUCGAGGUCGAGUACUUGAUGCAACGGCUCAAGGGCACUCAGUGGGAAUCUAAUGCCCCUGCGUCUUUGAAGCUCGAUGCUAUCAAACGUCCUCGCUCUGCAUUACUUGUGUGA